GGAGGAGGGAAAGCGGCGAGUAAGAUGGAAGAUGAGGAGGUCGCUGAAAGCUGGGAGGAGGCGGCCGACAGCGGGGAAAUAGACAGACGGUUGGAAAAAAAACUGAAGAUCACACGAAAGGAGAGGGAAGCUGGGGUUUCUAACUGAGGCCAAUGGAUUCUGGACAAGAGAUGUUUUGCCACAGGGGCCAAACUGUGGUGGUUGUGACUGUGAUGAACACGAGGAGAGAAGUCUCAGACAGGAAAUCCAAAUCUCCUCCCAAAGUGCCCAUUGUGAUUCAGGACGAUAGCCUUCCCACGGGGCCCCCUCCACAGAUCCGCAUCCUCAAGAGGCCCACCAGCAACGGUGUGGUCAGCGGCCCCAACUCCGCCAGCAGGCCGGCCCUCCCGGUCAAGUCCCUGGCGCAGCGGGAGGCGGAGUACGCGGAGGCCCGGAAGCGGAUCCUGGGCAGCGCCAGCCCCGAGGAGGAGCAGGAGAAGCCCAUCCUCGACCGGCCAACCCGGAUCUCCCAGCCGGAAGACAGCCGGCAGCCCAACAAUGUGAUCAGACAGCCUCUGGGUCCUGAUGGGUCCCAAGGCUUCAAACAGCGCAGAUAAACGCGGGCUGCCGAGGAUGCCGCCACCCACCCCGGGCCGCACUGCCGGGGCAGACCGCUGGACUUGAGCAGAGGGAGCGACCGACUGACUUGCACUGUGAUCCCCUUUGCUCCGCCCACUGUGACCUUGACCCCCAUGCACUGUGACCUCCCUUCCCCUUCUUCCCACGGCGAUUGGCGUGUCUGCAAGGGCUGUCCCCAGUCAAUGGAAAGGGAAAGGGUGGGGGUUAGAGGAGGGUUGGGGCCCCCCCCAGGGACUCAGAGUAGAGAGUCAGGCUGUGCCCCUUGGCCACUUGGGGCGAAGCCAGUGCCAGCAAUAGCAGUUUAUCAUGCUCGUUAAUUUGGGAUAACAGAGCGCAGAGAAGAACUCCCGUCCACCACCCUCCAGUGCGUGUCUUCAUCACUUAAAAGCGAGUUUCAUGGGAAAA